AUGUUUAAUCUGGGGGACUGGUCGAGUUGGAGAAACUGGCUGCUUCUGCUGCUGGUUUCACCAUUAGUGCAAGCCAUCGAUCUAGACAUUAAUGAUGACCAAUCUUUAAAAGAUGCCGCAAGUACAGCGGCCUUCGGGAUGAUGUCCCAUUACCACGGUAAUGAAUCAGGCCAGACUCCCGGAAAGCUGCCAAACACAUGGUGGGAAGGUGGUGUGAUGUUUAUGACUCUGAUCGAAUACUGGUAUGCUACCGGGGACACGACGUACAACGAUGAAGUCUCCGUGGGUAUGGAGUGGCAGGCUGGAGACGGUGAUUACAUGCCUGCCAACGACAGUAGCUAUCUGGGAAACGAUGACCAAGUCUUUUGGGGUCUCGCCGCCAUGACUGCUGCCGAGCUUGCGUAUCCCGAUGUCGAUGGUCAAUAUUCCUGGCUGUCUCUAGCACAAGGCGUCUUCAACACCCAGAUCCGUCGCUGGGAUGCAGAUACUUGUAAUGGUGGAUUGCGUUGGCAGAUCUGGGUUUACGAAGCUGGAUACACGAUGAAAAACUCGGUCUCCAACGGAGGUCUCUUUCAAUUAUCUGCUCGCCUCGCUCGAUACACGAACAACCAGACGUAUUAUGACUGGGCGAACAAGGUCUGGAAUUGGGUUGAAUCGUCACCUUUACUGAGCAACUCGACUUGGAAUGUCGCCGAUUCUACCACGGUCGACGACAAUUGCGUGAGCCAGGGAAAUGAGCAGUGGUCAUAUAACUAUGGCAUGUUCCUCGGUGGUGCAGCGUACAUGUACGAUCACAGCAACGGCACUACCAAGACAAAGUGGCUCAACGCCGUGAAUGGCCUUCUCAACGUCACUUUGGACAAGUUCUUCCCAUCCAGCUACGGUGGCAACAUCAUGUCCGAGAUUACUUGCGAGCCGAAUGAGGUUUGCAACAACAACGAAAUCCUGUUCAAGGGUCUCGUUUCGAACUGGCUGGCGCUUACAUCCCUCUUGGUCCCAUCAACAUCCGACACCAUCCUCCCCAAAUUACAGGGCUCUGCAGAAGCCGCCGCUGAAGCCUGCACGGGAAACAGCAACAACACUUGUGGUGUGAGAUGGUAUACUAAGAAAUGGGAUGGAUGGUCUGGAUUGGAGGAGCAGUGCAGCACCACGAGCGUCUUCGCGGCAAAUCUCAUGGCCAAAAAUGGCACAGGCCCGGUGACGUCCACUACCGGAGGAAACAGCUCCAGCGAUCCAUCUGCUGGUACAGGAAGUAAAGAUGACGGUGGUACUACCGCACAGAAGACGAUCACUACAGCCGACAAAGCUGGCGCGGGGAUCUUAACUGCUGUCUUUGCGGGAGCAUGGAUUGGCAUGAUGGCCUGGAUGCUGUGUUGA